AUGAUUCGCAUGACUGCUCAGGUCCUUUGGUUCAUCCAGAGGUGUCGAAAGAAAAUUGUGGAGUUAGGCUACCUUAGACAGUCGGAAUUAGAUGGAGCUCUGCAUGUUAUAGUUAAAGAUGCUCAACAUCGUUACCUGAGUGAUUUGGUCGCCAGUUUGCAUAAAGGGACCACGAUCACGUCCAAGUCUUUAGCUUGUCUUUGUCCGUUCUUAGACUCGUUUGAUUUAAUUCGUGUAGGUGGUCGUAUGCAGAACUCUAAUUGGUCAGAACGGCGCAGGCACCCUAUGUUGAUCCCAAAAGAGUCCCACCUAGCUGUUCUUAUUACUCGUCAUUGGCACCUCUAUGCAUUUCAUGCUCGACCUCGAUUGCUUACCGCCCUUUUUCAACAACAAUUUUGGAUUAUUGGAAUCCGCCUUAUAGUUCACUGGGUGAUUCGCAAAUGUCUGACUAAUGCAAAAAUGUCGGCUGCUAACCCACAACCCAUCAUGGCAGCUCUGCCAAGCUUUCGGGUAAGGGAAGCACAUCCCUUUUCGAUGGUGGGGAUCGAUUACGCAGGUCCUUUGGAAAUGAAAGAGCUCAGUUUGCGAAAGUCCCGAAUUGUAAAAGUUUAUAUUGCCUUAUUUGUCUGUAUGACUACUAAAGCUGUGCAUUUGGAGUCAGUGACGGCACUGUCUACUGAUGCGUUUCGCUUAACACUAGAUAGGUUCGUAGCUCGUCGUGGUGUACCGAUUUCAAUCUAUUCAGAUUGUGGCACCAAUUUUGUCGGUGCGGCUCGUCAGCUAAGACACUUGGUCAAUCAUCUGGAUAGUAGGAGUCAGUUGGCUGGCCAUAUCGCUUGUGACUGGCACUUUAAUCCUCCGGCAGCUCCCCAUUUUGGGGGAAUCUGGGAAGCGGCCGUUAAAUCCGCAAAAUCCCUGCUCUUACGCGCCAUGACUUCUCAAGUUUGGACGUUGGAAGAAUUUACAACAGUCUUGUGUAGGGUCGAGGCGGCCUUGAAUUCACGUCCGCUGGUACCUGCUUCGCCUGAUCCGAAUGAUCUAGAAUGCCAAUACCUAGCCACUUUUUGGUUGGUCGACCUAUAA